AUGAAAUCCUCUUUGCAACCCCGAAAACUGCGCCUGGCGUGCGACACCUGCCACCAAGCAAAGACUCGGUGUUCCGGGGGCAUGCCAUGCACAACUUGCCAAAAUUCUCGAUACGAAUGCGUCUACAGCAUCUCCAAUCAACUCGGCAGACCCAAAGGCACAACCAAGAAUCGCAGGGAAAACAGUGUACAUGCGAGCAAUGGCAGGGAGGCCCUGUCAAACAAUAAUGGGCCUCAACAACAGCGAACACCUCCGCAUUCCACCUCUGCCACUACCACUACCGCAACUACCACUACCACCGCCGCCGCCGUCGCCAACUUUAGCAGCGCCAAUAUUUUCAAAGACCUAACAGCUUUUGACAAUAUGCUCCCUGAUGCAUCUGUUGAAUCCAACCCGGGAAUGUUUUUCGCCAACGGGAAGGGCUUUCCGGACCCGAUCGGUCUUGAUUUGAUCUCGAAUCUUGCUUUCAACCAGGAUAGGAAUGAUCUAAACGUGAAGGCACUGAGCAAAGGUUCGUGUGCCAUGGGGAAGCCAUCAAGCAUCUGUUCGACCGACGAUGUAAUGGAUACCGUAACUGAGGACACACAAUUCUACUCUCCCGAUGCCUUUGGCUUUGGCGUCCAUCCUCUAUCUUCGUUUCAUCAUGCCGGAACCAAUGGUAUAAACAAAGUUAGCAAUUCUCUCUCCGGGGAGAGAUCAAUGACGACAAGGGAAGAUCUAUAUCAACCUCAAUUGCAGAAAUUGGACGCUUCGCUUCCACGGACCAAUACCUGUAGUUGCCUGCAGGAUCACGCUGAUUUACUAUGCCGCCUGGGCGAGUUGGAAAAUAGCAACGGCUCGCUCUCUGUUGACGUAACCUUGAUGUGUGUGCAGCAGGCCCUCGUCCCCUGGAAACAGUUGUCUCAAUGUAAAAUUUGCAACAAUGAUGAUGACCAAGGUGUUCUGAUACUAUCUGCCAUGACUAUUCGCGCGGUCCUUCGUCGCCUCCAACGUCUCUGUGCCGCAAUUGUGUUAUCUAAUGAUGAUCCCUCUCACAACGACACCAACUUUUUGCUAUCCCUCUCUGACGGCGGGCGGCUCGUGAUGGGAAAAUACGAAGUUCCUUUCGGAGAGCAAAUUGUGGUCACGUAUUUACUUAUUUCCUACAGUCUUGCCAAGAUUCGAUUUGCUGUUCUGUCAUUGAAAUCCAAGCUCGGCCACGCCCCGGCUAGGGCAAAGGAGAAUUUUGAAAAUAACAAUCAGCCCAGCGCUACUUAUGACGCUAACAAGCCUGCUGUUGAUGCCGGCAGAGGUGCUGAUACGACUCAUUUCUCCUCAUCUUCAAUCCCAGCUAUCGCCUCAGCAAGUGAAGACACCGGUUGCAUGCAUGCAAUGCUACGCGGCCUAGACGCCACAGUGGAAGCAGUAGGGAAAGCUCUACAGAAAGCCAAUAUUUCUCUAGUCAAGAAUGCCGGGCAUAUCUCAUGAAUG